CUUUUAUUAAUUUCACUUGUUCUACUAAACUUUGCUCAAAUUUUUCCAUGAUUAUUAUAUUGAUUAUGAAGUGACAAAUAAUCAAAUUUAAAUUUACCCAUAUAGUUCGAAUAAUCAAUCUCUGCUCGUUAUUUUCUUCCAAAACUCUGCUUUCAGAAAUUGGUCUUUCCUUUGAGCGAGACCACCGUUUAACAUCUUCAAAUCAUCAUCGGAGCGUUCGCCGGAGGUCACCUGAGGCAAUACUUUGAAAUCGGAAGUUUAGCUCACCGAGGGUAUAAAAGCUUCAGAACAGCAAAAAAGUAGCGCACCCAUUUUGUCCUUGGGCUUCCUGUAAGUACCAUGGUUUUGCAUACGUUAGUAUGUUUAGUGCUAUAUUAUGUUAAUGAGGAAUAAGCCAGCCCCACUACCAAGCCUUUAAAGCUACCAGGAUUCUGGAGUGGAGCAAGCAGGGGUAAAUGGUUUCCACAGUUACCAGAACUAUCAUUCAAAAGUUAGGAAAUGCAGUUAAGAAAGUGGCUAGGUCCAAAGGAUCAAGCUGGUGGUACACCCCCCACAUGGCCGCUGCUACUCGAGCCAUUGCUGAGCGCAUUCCUUUGGUGGAUUUCAUCCUUGAAGUCCGAGAUGCUAGGAUUCCAUUGUCAUCAGAAUGCACCCAAUUUGGUGGUCUUUUACCUUCUUCGAGGCACAUUGUAGUCUUGAACAAGGUAGACCUCGCAAAACAAUCAGAGAUCAAGGAGUGGAUGAAGUUUUUUGAUCAGAAAAGUACAGCUUGUUUACAAGUCAAUGCUCAUAACAAGGAGAACGUUAAACAGUUGCUCAAUCUUUUGCAAGCCAGAGCCAGGGAGUUGAUUAAGACCACUCAUUCUGGUAAAACGAUAACCAUAAUGCUCAUUGGAAUUCCUAACGUUGGCAAGUCUGCUCUUGCUAAUUCAUUGCAUCAAAUAGGAAGAAUAAGUGCAGCAGAGAAAGGGAAGUUAAAGCAUGCCAUUGUAAGUUCACAACCAACAGAGACAAAGAAUAUAAGCAGCUUAAAGAUAGCAAGUCAUCCUAAUAUCUUUGUUUUGGAUACGCCUGGUAUUUUGCCACCUGAGAUGUUCGAUGAUGAGUUGUGCUCCAAACUAGCUUUAACAGGAGCUCUCAUGGACUCCAUAGUUGGAGAACUGGAACUAGCUCGUUAUUUUCUUGCUAUUUUUAACUUGAGCAAGGAAUACUCUAAAUGGGAAAAGUUUUCUGCCAUAGAGGAAGAUUGGUGUUCAACUCUUCUUCAUGGAGAUGAAAAGCCUCACCUGAAAAAGAGGCAGAAGAUGCAAUUUGCAACUGAUCAUACCCAGGAUCUUAUCGUGAAUGAUGUUAGACGAACUCUUUUUGAGGCAGUUUCAUCUUUUUGUGGUAACCUAGAAGAUGACAAGGAUUUUUCUGAGCUCAUUGAAGUAGAGUUCUCUAUGUUACGAAGAGCAUUUCGUGUUGCUCCUGAACCUAAUGAGGAUGGUUGUAGAAGAGUUGCCACUAAAUUACUUGAUUUGUAUCGCACUGGAAGGCUUGGUCAUUACAGUUUAGAUACAAUCCCAAUUCCCAAUAAGUUUCUGAGGACCUAGAAGAAAUGUAGCUUGUAUAUGUUUACAGUUUUUGGCUUGGUUAAUCUCUGCGCUCCUUCUUCAUUGCGAAGAAAUUGAUAAUGAGCUAUGCUAUGCACAACACAAAGAGAAGGUAAAAAAGGAGCCAAAUGAAUGAUAGAUUAUUAAACUUGAGGCUUCCUUUUAUCUUUUAAAUCACAUUUAGAACAUGCGCUAAGCAACUAUGUUGUUAGAGUUGCCCUUGUAAGUCUACCUGAAAAACAAAGGUAAAAAGAAGAAGAAGAAGAAGAAGAA